UUAGUUCUUUGUUUGCAUUUAGUCAGCUGAUAACAUAUUAGGUAUUAUGAUGGAAAUCGUCUUUUAAAUUUAUUUUUAACUCACUGUAUUUUAGCUACAUAACAUCCGUUUCUUCGGUGUGUUUUUUUUUAAAUGAAAUGAUCAAAGUACACGAAUUUGCACUUCUUUAUUAUACGGUUAUUUGAAAUGGCAACAGUAUCCUUGAGAAACUAAUAGCUUAUCGCAAUGACGUAAGCUGUGAUUCCCCUGCUUUCAAGUUUCACUCAGUUUGCCGGAGCGCUUGUUAUGGGUGAGUCAUAAGGAAAACUGUUCAAUUCUUGUGUUCUCCAGUAUAGGCUACAUAGAUAUUCAUGAUUUAUAUUUGGAAGUCUAUAUCCAUAUAACAUAUUUGAAUAAGAAAUAUUCAUUGUCGUUGUGUCAAGAACUCAUUAUGCCUACUACAGCUUUUAAUCCCGGAAGCCUAACAUUUAGGCCUACAUUACCUCCACCUUGGAUAAAUAACAAUAAUAAUCAACAGCAAAAUACACAUCACUUCUACAGCUUUCCAGCAGGGAACACAUCAAGUCCAGGUAGCAGCUCGGAGAGCUCUGCAUCAAGUCAGGCAUCUUCGUACAAUGAGAACUCCAACAGUCCACUCAGAUCUCCUGAUACCACUACAUAUGAAGAGAUCGGUGGGAUGAGCAAAGCAUACCUCAAAAUAAUUGAGCAGCCACACGCAGGUUUUAGAUUCAGAUACAAAACAGAGAUGCAGGGGACCCAUGGUGCCAUCUUCGGAACACAGUCACAGAAGAAUCGUUCCAAGUCGUUCCCAAAAGUUAAGCUGUGUAACUACAAGCACAGGCCGGGAGACAACCAACCCUUUAUCCGUUGCACUUUGUUUACUGGCGACCCGGACGUGGCUAAGAGGACCCAUCAUGUCCAUCGACUGGUAUGCAAAAUGACAGGGACGGUGAGAGAUGAUCCUCAUGACAUCCAGGUCAAAGCACCGGACUAUGUUGCUCAUUUCCAACAAAUGACAAUUUUGUAUACUAAAAAGGAAGACCAGUUAGCGGUUCUUCUUGAGAAAAAACAGUACCAUACCAGAAGAAGAUAUACUGACAUCAGAAAUAAUUAUGAUUUUCCCAUUGAAGAACUUCGUGCCAAAUGUGUAGAAGAGAUAAAAAGUAUAAAUUUCCAUGUAGCAUGUCUCCGAUUCGAAGCAUUGGUAGACAAUGGUAAAGGGAAAUAUAUCCCAUUAUGUCCUCCAGUCUACUCAAACAUAAUCAACAACUUAAAAAACCCUCAGACAAGUGAGUUGAAGAUUUGCCGAAUGGACCAGUGUAUGGGUCCAUGCCAAGGAGGCCAGGAAAUCUUCAUGUUUGUGGAGAAAGUGGUAAAAAAAAAUAUCAAAGUGAAGUUCUACGAAGAAGACGAGAACUCAGAUGUUAUAUGGGAAGAUUACGCAGAGUUCAGGCCAGAAGAUGUCCAUCAUCAAUACGGCAUAGUUUUCAAGACACCGCCAUAUAGAAACAACUUGAAGGAAAGUGAGGGAAAUGUGACAGUGUACUGUCAGCUGGAACGUCCAUCUGACAGUGCUGUCAGUGAGCCAAGGAAAUACCAGUAUACACCGAAUCCCAGCCGUACACCAAUUUUAUCAAGGAAAAGGCCCAGGAAUGCUAUUUACGCCAGAAGUUUACAAAGGAUUCCAUCAGGUGUUACUAACAACUACUGUCCUACAUAUCAACCAACAAACGAGUUGCCCAAGGAAUCCUUUGUGCCGUAUCCAGCAGUCACAGCAGUCCCAGAACCCAUAAACACAGACUCAUUAUAUGAUAUAAGCUUAUUUAAUGAUCUUCCUGAUCUUAUGGCUGAUGACUUAUUGAAUGAUUUCAUGUUGAACGACGAGCAGCACAUGGAUAUAUCAAGUAUGACUAUGCCUAUUGUGGAAGCUCCUGAAGACGGAACAUCUAGUACAGUGUCAGUGCAUGUCAGUGAAGCCUUCACUGCCCUUCACCAGAUGGCUGGAGCUUAUUCUGAAGUGUCCCAAGUGAUUUCAAAUGAACGAUUUAAUGAAUACCUGGAGGCGAUUGGCAGUAGUGACGUCUCAAGUCAGAUAAUGUCCCUGCACGUAUCAAGCAGCAACAACGUAGAGCAGUACGUAACAGACGGCUGUGCCGCUCCAGUCGACAGACCUGAGGGAAGCAACGGGACAGCACCUACAGAAAGAAGAAAAGAAAAUCAGGGGCGAAAGAAAGAUGCCGUCAGAGACAGUUUAACUGGAGAUGACAUUGUAGAGAGAAUAGAGAAGUCUGUGACUAAUCUCGUGAAGCUACGAGAGACUCGCAAGAUGAGUGAUAAUCAGCUACGGAAGUACAUCUGUGAUUUGAUCAGAUAUGCCUCAAUUGUUCACACUGGAGAUAGUGUUCUUCAUGUCCUGGCGGCAUCUGAGAAAUUGCCACUUUCUCCCAAAGCAGAGAAACUCUUUAAUUUGCUGAAGAGUCAUAAGAUAUUGGAGACUCUAGAAUUUAAGAAUAAGAGACAAGAGACACCACUGCUGGUAGCAGCCAGGUGGGGAGUGCCUGACAUGGUGUCGCUACUACUGGACGCUGGGGCCAGUGUGACCGCAACAGACUGUGACAACAAUACGGCUCUACACUUGGCUGUCUUGCGAGACAACAGAGGACUCGACGUUCUUUCGGUUCUGCUUCCCCGGUGUUUACAUCUCGUUACCAACAACAACCAGGAUGGAUUCACAGUUCUCCACCUGGCCGUAAAGGAAAGGAAGGUUGACAUCGUGUCAAGUUUAUGUGUGAAAUCUGACAAUGGCCUGUAUCCAAAUGAUCUCAUCAAUUGUCAAGACAAUAAGCAUGGAAAUACAGCUCUUCACCUUGCCGUUUCUCUUAGAUUCAAGGAUAUUGUAACUCUUCUCCUUAACUUUGAACAGUUAAAUGUCAAUGCCAAGGAUUUUGGAGACAGAACUCCGCUAUCGUUUGUAUGGAAUGAGACGGAUAAAGAAGCAGAAGACAUACGAGAAGCUCUUAUUUUAAAUAAGGCUGACCUAUCCUUGGUGGAUACCAAACAGUAUUCAAAGAAAGACGAAUUUAAGGAUGAAGAUGACGAAGACUCAGAUGAUGAUGUUCUUCACAUAGCAGAAAAUGAACAAGUGGAUGACAGUCUCUCAGCAUAUGCCAGGGAGUGGGACUUCACAUCUCUGUUCGAUACAAAGACCGUCUCCAAGCUGUGUCUUUUGCUGGACAAGAAUAAAGACUGGGAGAUUUUAGCCAAAAAGUUGAACUUCAAGAGGUAUGAACUGGAAUUUUGCCACAACUACUGGAGUGGCUCCUUAGUCCUUUUCAAACUAAUUUCAACGUACAGACCCCAUAUGACAGCAGAUACUAUAAGAGACCUCCUGCUGGAGAUGCCUGCACGGCUACAUGUUGGGGCACAGUACAUAGAUGAUAUGGAGUUGGAGAAGUUGGGGAUGUAGUUGUUAUCUUUCACCUCACUUCAAGUGAUUAGUUAUCACUCUGCAAUAGGCUUGUGCAGAUUAUUUCAAUUUCAAACUUCAUAUAACAGUCAACUUCUGUCAGUUAUACUGCAUCAUCAUGAAACUCCCUAAAAUCUCUAUUACCGAGCAUUCCAAAUAGUUUAAGUUAUUUUAUUCUGCUUACCCCCUCCAGUCACAAACCAACUGUUUUCUCGUUUUAGCAAUUCACCUUAGGCUAUAUUGUAAAACAUAAGUUACUUACCUUAAAUAACCACAGACAAUACUGAAAAUCAUUCCAGAUUUGGAAAGAUUAGCGAAAAAUGGUAUUAAAGUUUAUUUCUCUAAUUAUUGACGCAUAAGGCGUUUAUGGCAUUAUUCAGCUCAUAAUACUUCAACCAAGUAUUAAAAAAUGAGCAAUUCAUGGUAUAUGAAAUAUUACAAGGAAGAAAGAAGCAACAGGGUUUAUAACUGUAAAUAUAUACAGUGGGAGCUUUCUUUAUACAACUGUAUCUCCUGGUGCUAGUCUACAUGAUCACCUUGAAUAGGCUGAUAAAACACUAGGCCUACUUAUAGAACUAAAUUGUUUUAUUUAGAAAAUAAAUCUGCUAAAGCCAUUAAAUGCAUUAUUGCAAGUUUAAUUAAUAAUACUUUGCUACUACAAAUAUAACCUAUGUUUUGUUUUCCUUUCUAAUUGAAGUAAAUACCUUAUUCAUUUUACUGAACAUAUGUUUGAUACUUUAGUUCUUAAUGUAUGGUAUUAUACAGUUACUUCAGGUGCCAUAUUUAAUUGAGUAAUAGCGAGUUCUUACAAUUAGUUAAAUGAGUCCUCAACAACUAUCUUAACAUAUUUCUUGUUGUUGGCUUUGCUUACUGCUUAUAAAUACUUAUAUUUUGUAUUAUCAAUUAAAUGUCUUUGUUUAUUUUUUUACAUUUUUAAUGGAGUCUAAAAAUCAGUUGCAACAAACAUCACUUUGAUAUGUUAUUCAACUUGUUUGUAUAGAUUAGUUCCUAGUAAGACAGAACUAAAAAUAAUGUCAAUCAAUUAUUAAGUGCCUUUUUAAAUUCUUUUACAUAUAUACAUAUGCUCAAUAUGUAUCAUUGUAUAUUAGCUGAUAGCAGACUUAAAACCGGUGUCAGAAUAAAUGUUGUGUUAAAGGAAUUUGAGCAUUUAAACAGUUAAUAUUCUUAUAUACUUACAUCUAUAUAAAUGUAAAAUAUUGUAAUUAAUUUGUAAGUUGCAUAUGUUAUUUUAUGUACUGUGAUAAAAUUGUAAUACUGUUAUAAUCAGUUUAUAGUGUUUUUUAAAAUAAAAAUCACACCCAAAUUGGUUGUUUCAGUCA